CAGAGAGCCCGUUCUUCCCUGUGCGCCAGGUCCAGCCGUCUUCGCAGCAUGAGCUCCCAGCAGCAGAAGCAGCCCUGCGCCCCGCCCCCCCAGCUGCAGCAGCAGCAGGUGAAGCAGCCCUGCCAGCCUCCGCCCCAGGAGCCAUGUGCCCCCAAAACCAAGGAGCCGUGCCACACCAAGGUCCCGGAGCCCUGCCACACCAAGGUCCCGGAGCCCUGUCACACCAAGGUUCCGGAGCCCUGCCACCCCGUGGUCCCGGAGCCGUGUCCCUCCAAAGUCAUCCCAGCAUCGCCUAAGCAGACCAAGCAGAAGUAACAUGGUCCGCAGCCACUCCCUGAGGGGCCGAGCCCCGGGUGCCGAGCCCCCUGUCUCAGCUGCCUGAGUCCCAUUUGCCUUGCAAUCAGCAUGCUGUCACCCUGAGUCAUAACCCCUCCCUCUCUGCACUGUCUCAGUGUGAAGCCCCCUGAACCCCUGCCCGGGCUGAGGGUCCCACUGGCCGAGCUGGUCUUCUAGCUGCU